AUGAUCGGCGCGUUGGUGUGCCUCGUCUCUUCGUAUUCCUCCUCGUCCGAUUUUGACGGCGUGUGCCGGGAAACUCAAGAAUCGAAUCGUCGUUUAUUCUUCUUCGUCUCUGCCUCUGAAGAAGAAGAAGAAACGCCGAUGGAACACAUCAUGGAAACGUUCUCGGGAACAGAUUCGAUCUUACAGGAACACGAAUUGGAUCGAUUUUUACACGCGUUGCAAACUGGAGGGAAAUCCGAGGAAGAGGAUGCACACGCCGGUCACGAUGAUCACGAGGAGGAGGCACACGCCCAAGACGCCCACGACGACCACGACGACCACGAGGAGGAGGCACACGCCGCCUCGGUUUCGGCGAAAGAGUUGUUGCGAGAAUACGGCGCUUUAGGGGAUUCGUCGACGAGUUUGACCGAGGCGGAGUUUACCUCGGCGUGCCCGGAACUGUUGAAGUGCGCGGUGGACGCGGAGUGCGCUUUCGAGCACGCGGAAGAGGAGCACGACGAGGCGACGAAGAACCCGUCCAAGUCGUACACGACGCUGAAAGCGGGAUUGGCGGCGGCGGUGUUCGGCGAGAGCAUGUUCGGGUGGAUGAUUCCGAUGGUUUCUGAAGCCGUUGCCGGGAGGAAGGCGAGGUGGGUGAUGAGUUUGUUGAACGCGUUUAGCGGCGGAGUGUUCUUAUCCGCCGGGUUGACGCACUUGUUUCCGCACUUGGUGGAGUACCAGGAGCAGGUGAAGAUUACGCCGGCUGGGUAUCCGGCUGGAUUCGCGCUCGCGUUGACGGGGUAUUUGUUGGUAUUUUUUAUCGAGCGCGUGUUGUUUCACAUUCACGGGCACGCGAUACACCCGAACGGACACGACGACCACUGUUGCGAAACUUCUGCAGAGGAAGGGAAGAAGAAAGGACAACAUCACCACCACGAGCAUAGCGAUCAUCAUCAUCACCAUCACGAGCAUAGCGAAGGACCUCAAACUUGCGAAGAUUUGCGUAAGAGUAAAAGACCGUACAUUUUAUUGGCGGCAAUUUCCGUGCACUCUGUCUUGGCUGGUUUGACGCUCGGCGUGCAAAAAUCGAGACAAAACGUUUUGACGAUUUUCACCGCCAUCGCCGCGCACAAAGCGCCGGCGGCGUUAUCGAUCGGCUCGUCGUUCGUAAACGGUAAGGCGAGUAAAAUGGUCAGCAUUACGUCCAUGAUUGUGUUCUCGUUGACAACGACGUGUGGAAUAUUCAUCGGUAUGGGUUUAGGCUCGGUCAGUAUUGAAACCGUGUUUGUUCUCGAGGCGUUGGCUUCCGGGACGUUCUUAUACGGCGGCACCUCUGAAAUCGUCGCCGAUGAGUUCGAGAUGAGUGAUAGAGAUUGCGACGAACACGGAGGCGAUCACGUAAAGAAAGUACACGCGGGAAGGUCGUUAUCGCAACGAUUGGCAUUGUUCACCGCCUACGCCGGCGGCGCUGGCGUUAUUCUUUUGUCUAAUCUGUCGCUCGACGGGGAGCACUCGCAUUAA